UCGCAUCUGCACGCCCCCGCUGUCGCUCCGUACUCGCGCCGCCACAACUCGACAGCUCGGCCCUCCACCGCCGGCCGCCGGCCGCCGGCCGCGACAAGAGCUCCCCAGUUUCUCAUCUGUGCCAAUUCGACUCCAAUCGCUCAAACUUGGGCUGCCCAGAAGUUUCCCCUCAGGCGCUUACCAUCCCUGAGUACUGUUCCACGUGCUCACCGCCACCGCUUCCUGGCAUCUCCGCCCAUACGUGCCUCAGGCCAAUCCACCCCGGAAGUUGCUGCCGCUGCAGGUGCUAGCAGCCGGAUGGUAUACCAGUGCAGCCCAACCGAUAUGAGCACAACCUCACGCACCGGCAGCUUCGAUGUGAAGAGGAAGCAAGUGAAAGGAAAUUCAAGUAACCAUACAACAUCCAUUGGAAUGCCAAGACGGGCUCCUUUUCAAGAUAUUACAAAUGUGGUUGACUCACAUAGUUUAUCAAAGAUAAAACAAGCGCAAAAUAUUCUUGGUUCAGCGGAUCAUCCAAUUACUGGGACGAAACGAUCAGUCAAUCCAUCUGGCAUAUCCAUACAGUCAACUACUCCUUCGGCUGGACACAUAACUCUACCAAUAGAUGCUUCCGAGCGUAAGCGUUAUCGUGAUCGGGAAAGAUACUCGCGGAUGACUGCAGAACAGUGUGCUGCCUACCUACAAAGAAACCGUGAGUACAAACGGAGAAGGAAAAAUCCCGUUGAAGUUAGUAAUAAUGUACAAUCUGGGAGUCAAACUUGUAACUGUACCAGUUUAAGCAUGCAAGCAACAACUCUCGCCAGUACAAGAACAGAAGGUACUGGUCAACAUAAGCGUAUAGCAGCAUUCCUGGACAAGGGCAGUGGACAUAAGAGAAGGAGACUGUCUAAUGGGGCAAGUUGUAGUACUACUGGAAAGGAAACACAUGAACAUGUUGUAGCCAAUGAGCAUGAAGACCAUGACAGCACCAUCUAUGUCCCAAAUGGUUGUUUUCCUGCUCUAGAAGAUGAAUUUGGGCAAUCCGAAUAUAUGACCGAGGAUGAUGAUGAAGAUGAUGAGAGUUACAUAUUCACCGGACAUGGAACUGAAUGCAUAUCAUCAUAUCAAGACCCAAACCAUGCAAAUUGUGGAAUACAAGAUGAUCCUUUUGAUCGUAUAUAUCGGAGUGUACCAAGUGGCCAUCAUGUUUUGGAGCCAGUACUUAACUGCACACAUUGCAAUGCAAAACGGUUCCAGUAUGAGAAUCCAACAUUUUGCUGCAUGGGUGGCAAGGUCAAGAUAGUACCUCCAACUGUUCCUGCUGAAAUGCGCCGACUAUACACAAGUCAAGAUCCUGAUGCGAAGUACUUUCAGGAUAAUAUCCGGUACUUCAAUUCUCACUUUGAUCUUGGAGAUAUUGAAGAUUUGUUAUAUUCCAUGGGAAAGGACAUCAAGACCUUUGAUCUUCCAAAUCUGUUGGAUGCUGAUGGCCUAGAUAGCUUAGAGGCUAAAGAACUGACCGAAGAAAUGUCUAUUAAAGUUGCUAAAGAAGACCUGGAGCUGGAGGCAACUCUAAACAAUGAACAACAACUUGCUUUUGAUGAAAUAAUGGAUCACGUGUUGCACACGAAGGGUAAGGUCUUCUUCAUCGAUGGUCCAGGAGGUACAGGAAAGACGUACCUUUAUAAAGCUUUAUUGGCUAAAGUACGAUCCAUGGGGUUAAUAGCCAUUGCAACAGCAACAUCUGGCAUUGCAGCUUCUAUCAUGCCUGGUGGCCGGACUGUGCAUUCGAGAUUUAAAAUACCGAUCAAUGUUCAAGAGGAUAUUGUGUGCAACAUCAAUAAGCAGGGUGGGACAUCUGAAUUACUUCGAAGAGCAUCUUUGAUAAUUUGGGAUGAAGUCGCAUGACAAAACGACAAGCUGUUGAGGCGCUGGAUAGAUCCCUGCAAGAUAUUACAGGUAAUAGAUCACAGUUUGGAGGAAAAGUAAUUGUGUUCGGAGGAGAUUUCUGUCAAGUCCUUCCAGUAGUUAGACGUGGCACUAGAGCCCAAAUUGUUAAUGCCACUCUUAAAAAAUCUUAUCUAUGGAAGGAUAUAAGACAAAUUAAACUCUGGCGCAAUAUGAGAGCACAAAAAGAUCCAUGGUUCUCUGAUUUUCUCUUGAGAAUUGGCAACGGUGUUGAAGAAUCAAUUGGUGAAGACUAUGUGCAUUUACCUGAAGAGAUGGUUAUAGGUUCCACAAAUUUAGGUGCCUCGGUUAGUAAGUUGAUAAACGAAGUAUUUCCUUCACUUGACAAGAAUGGAAGAUUGCCGUCUUAUAUAAGUGCUCGUGCCAUUCUUUCCACAAAAAAUGAAUACGUGGAUGAAUUAAAUGUGAAGCUUAUAGACCUAUUUCCUGGAGAAGAGAAGGUCUACUAUAGUUUCGAUUCAGCAGUGGAUGAUACUCACAAUCACUACCCACCCGAAUUUCUAAAUUCUCUCACACCUAAUGGCCUACCUCCACAUGUUCUCAGGUUGAAAAUAAAUUGCCCUGUGAUCUUGCUUCGGAAUUUAGAUCCUCAUAAUGGAUUAUGCAAUGGCACAAGGCUUAUUAUUAAAGCAUUUCAAGAUAAUGUUAUUGACGCUGAAAUUAUCGGAGGACAUCAUGCUGGAAAGCGAGUAUUCCUUCCAAGAAUUCCUUUGUACCCUUCUGAAGAUGAUGUGCUUCCCUUGAAGUUCAAGAGAAAGCAAUUUCCAAUUCGUCUUAGCUUUGCAAUGACAAUCAAUAAAGCUCAAGGCCAAACCAUUCCACAUGUUGGUAUCUACCUUCCAGAACCUGUUUUCUCUCACGGUCAACUAUAUGUUGCAUUGUCUCGAGGAAUAUCAAGGCAAACAACAAGAAUACUUGCCAAGCCAAAUAAGGAUAUUGACCCAUCGGGAAAAAGUACCAAAAAUAUUGUCUAUAAGGAGGUUUUGGCAUGAUUAGUGUACAGAAUGCAGCACUGCCUUUGUUUCAUAUAUGUGAGCAUGCUUUGCUUUGUCUUAUAAUAUUGGUAUGUUGAUAACUGUUGCGAUCUUUUUAUAUAAGUAUAAGCAUAUAUUAGAAUCAUGAAUAGCAAUAGGCUUUAUAUUCUAAUCUGUUCUACAAAUACAUGAACACGUACUGUUUUCUCUUCGGAGAAAGUAUGGAUGGAGUGUUGCGCUACUAU